AUGGACUUCGGUACGUCCGAGAAAAAACUACGAGAGAGAUUUCGAAAUAAAUGGGAAAGCUGUAAUUUUCUACGUGCAAAUCCCCCCCCCCCUGACUGGAACGAAGCACCACUAUGGCGGAUGUUUAACAGAUUUGGGACAGUUUUUGAUGUCUACAUUGCCAAGAAGUUGAACCGCCUCAACAAGAAUUUCGGAUUUGUUAGAUUUAUUCGGAUCCAAGAAACCAUCUCCUUUGAGAAACGUCUCAAUGAGAUUUACAUCGGAGCACAGAAGAUUGAAGUCAAUGUGGCACGAUUUGAAAGGAAUGAAAAUGUGAAUCGUAGAAGAAACCCUCAAGUCACCGGAAGUCAGCGUGCAGACCCAGUAAUGAACCCAUGCUUACUUGGCAGGUCAUUUGUUGAUGCUGUUAGGGGGACAAUGUCAAUCGCCAACAAUGGAUCUGGAAGGACAAGUAAAGUGGAUGAAGGGAUGACCCCUACAAGGAAAACAAUAAAGAUGUUAUCCUAUCUUGAGUCAAAAGAAGCCAUGCAGAACACUUUGGUGGGGGAAGUAGAAAAUUUCCAAGCUCUAAUGAACGUGAAAGCUUUUCAGGAAGAGAUUUGGCAGCCAUGGUUCAAAGAGGUCACUGCAUGGGAAGUGGAAUGCAACUUCAAUGAAAGAAUCGCAUCUCUAAUUAUCCAAGGUGUGCCCCAGCAUGCAUGGUGUGAGGAUACUUUCAGUAUUAUUGCAAGAACUUGGGGGUCUGUGGCCAUACCGGAAGAUUGCAACAUAGACUCUCCAAAUUUGGCCUUCAGGAGGGUCGAAAUUCUCACAUCCCAACUUGGAAUCAUCAGUUCUUCCAUCACAAUCUUGGUGGAUGGAAAACCAUAUCAAAUUAAUGUCAUGGAGGAUAUCUUUGAAUCCCUUAAACUUAGUCUGAUGCUUGCUGCUAAUGAUUUAUAUCAAAGGAUGUCAUGUUGGGAUGAAGAUAGUAUUGGUGAAAAUGGUAGCCUAAAUAGUGAAGUAUCGGUCCAAUCUGAUGAUGUAUUACAGUCAUCGGAAAUAUCUCUGGCGAAGGCAUAUCAAUCGUGGCAACAAGAUGGGGAAGUGGAAAAGUCGCACGUCAACAUCUCCAGCUCGGAGGCCAAGGAGUCUCCUUGA